AUGAGUCGAUGUAAAGUCAAGGCCGCCAAGCUGCGCGCGGUGCGGAAGAAGGUGAGGCCGAGGCAAGUGGGACAGCGUCGAUAUCUGGACAGAAUCCCGUCAGACAAAUUUUGGCAACAGCCCCUCGCAACUCUAUCCAGCGUCACGCCGGCGCAAUGCUGCCAGGCCGUUUUCCUCCUCGCGGCUGGAGGCGUGCUGGCGGUGGCGGUCAUGCCGCGUGACGCGAAGACCCUUCUGGUUAAUUACGGCGCCCGCAAGGCUCAGACCUCGCCGACCGAUACGCCACCGAGGGAUGUUUCGGACCGCGGUCGGCUGCUUUCGCUCAUUGACACCAUCACAUCGUGGACGCAGGUGCCGCACUCAUGGUUCGGCGCCUUUUAUGUCGUGUCUCUGGCAUGCUCUGUCUUCUGGCUUGUUCAGUACCUUGGCGAUGGAGCCGUGUUACGGUUCGUCGCGUCUAGACAAGCCGCAGUCCAGCAGCCGCCCGCCACAUCGGGACAGGUGGCGCUGGGUUGGUUCAUGAUGUUUCUCCAGGGGGGCAGACGCGUAUUCGAGCAUCUAACCAUCAUCAAACCAUCCAAGUCUACCAUGUGGGUUGUCCACUGGUUGCUCGGCCUCCUCUUCUACCUCUCCAUCAGCGUAUCCGUUUGGGUGGAAGGAUCGGAUGAUGCGCAGUCCCUCAUCAAGAUGGCCGUCGCACUCCCGGCAUUCCUGUUUGCCUGGGUCAACCAGUAUAGGUGCCACAAGCACCUUGCUGGGCUAAAGAAGUAUUCGGUACCGGAAGGCGGCAUGUUCGACCAUUACAUCUGCCCGCACUACACUUGCGAGUGCCUCCUCUACCUCUCCAUGGCCAUCGCCACGGCGCCCCGCGGUGUGUGGUGUAACCGGACGCUGAUAUGCGCCCUCAUUUUCGUUGCGGUCAACCUGGGAGUCACGGCAUCGGGAACCCGCAAGUGGUACGCUGAAAAGUUCGGCAUCGGUGCAGUCGCGAACAAGUGGAACAUGAUUCCUUUUGUUUUCUGA